AUGCGAACAUUUAUUUCCUCGCCAAAUCUUCCAAACAAAGCGUUGGUUCUUCAAGAAGAUUUGGAGUUUGGAGUUAUGUUCGUGAAGAAACUUGUGGAGAAGGCUUCGAUAAAGAAGCCUGGAGGGAUUACAGAUGGUUUAAAACCCAGUGAUGUAGAACCACGGUUGGUAUUCCAUUAUGGGAUACCACAGGGAGCUACUAAGUUUGCUUAUGACACCAUUCAAAAAAUACUUGCCAUCUCUACUCAAGAUGGAAGAAUCAAAUUGUAUGGAAGAGAUAACACUCAAGUUCUACUUGAAUCUCCUGAGGCACUACCAAGCAAGUUUUUACAGGUUUGGGAUGUAGAAAAGAAGGUUUUGUCUCAUGUACAUGUUUCUAAAGAAGACAUCACCUCAUUUACAGUUAUGCAAAAUAGUUUGUACAUUUAUGCUGGAGAUUCUAUUGGUAAUGUCUCAAUUUUGAAGCUUGAUCCAGAAUCAUGUCAUGUUGAACUAAUGAAAUACACUAUUCCCCUAUCUGCUUCUCACGGGAAUCCAGCUGAAGUUUCUGGUGAUACUUCUGUAUUGCACACACUUCCCCAACCGGCCGCUGAAAGCAAGAGAGUUCUUAUAGUAUUUAGAGACAGCCUACUUGUGUUGUGGGAUAUUCGAGAAAGUAAAGCCAUUUUCACGACAGGUGGACAUCAUGAAACUAAGAAAGUAACUUCUGCAUGUUGGGCAUGCCCUUUUGGAAGUAAAGUUGCUGUUGGGUACAGUAAUGGAGAGAUUUUUAUCUGGAGAAUUCCAGCUACCCCAAACUCUAGAACUGAGUUAAACUUGGAUAGUGCCGCACAAAAUGCUCCUCAAUUGAAACUUAAUCUUGGAUAUAAGGUGGAUAAAAUUCCUAUAGCAUUAUUGAAAUGGCUUUAUGCAGAUGGGAAGGCAAGUCGACUCUAUGUUAUGGGCGCUUCCGACCUUGCAUCCACAAACACUUUGCAGGUAAUCUUGUUGAAUGAGCAUACUGAAACUCGCACGAUCAAGUUGGGGCUGUAUUUGCCUGAGCGUUGUAUUGACAUGGAGAUCAUUUUAAGCUCUUUUGACCAAAGCAAGCAUAAACAUGAUGUUUUUGUCCUGAUUGGAAAAUCAGGGCACAUUUAUGUCUACGAUGAUUGUUUGAUAGAGAAGUAUCUUCUACAAUCACAAUCUAGAAGUUCAGCCUCGUUGCCAAAGGAGGUCAUGGUGAAGAUGCCAUUUUCUGACUCAAGCAUCACUGUGACAAAGUUCAUCACAAAUACCCCAAAUUUGUUGAGUUCUGGAGAUGAGGAUUACAUUCGGCUGGCAAACAAUAUUCCACCACCUUUUCCUUUUGAGUCAAGAUCUAAGGAUGGAACUCAUUCAUUCCAGUUUAAUGGAUUUACAAAGGUUAAAAAUCUGUACAUAACUGGACAUAGUGAUGGAGCCAUAAAUUUUUGGGACGUAUCUUGUCCAUUUCCUGUCCCAAUUUUAUCGCUGAAGCAACAGAGCGAAGAUGAUGGUUCUUUAAGUGGUAUACCACUGACAGCAUUGUAUUUUCAUGCCGAUUCUCGACUUCUUAUUUCAGGCGAUCAGAGUGGAAUGGCUCGCAUCUUUAAAUUUAAACCUGAGCCAUAUGCCGAGAACAGUUUUAUGUCUUUUCAAGAAAGAUGGCUCAUCCGCAUUAGGGAGUUCAAAAAGGGAAGCAAUCAUGUCCAGAGUGUUAAACUUAUGAAAGUGAAUGGUUCUGUACUUUCUAUAAGCAUAAGCCCCAGCUCAGGACAUCUUGCUAUUGGGUCUGAUCAAGGAUAUGUUUCAGUAUUUGAUAUACAAGGGCCAACACUACUAUAUCAAGAGCACAUUGCAAGUGAACUUUCCACUGGAAUCAUCUCUCUCCAGUUUGAUAGCUGCUUUCUUCAUGGUUUUGAGAAAAAUGUUUUAGUAGUUGUGACGAAGGAUUCUUCAGUUUUGGCUCUUGAUGCUGACACCGGUAACAUGCUGAGUGCCGGUACUGUGCAUCCAAAGAAACCCUCUAGAGCUCUAUUUAUGCAGAUUCUGGAUGGACCUAGAGGAUCAAAUAUGUCAAAUCAUCAAGACCCAAGUAGAGGGAAUCCUGCUGAGGAUGGAUCAAAGCAGUCUUUUCUACUGACAUGCUCUGAGAAAGCAGCUUAUGUCUAUUCCUUGAAUCAUGUUGCUCAGGGAGUCAAGAAGGUCCAUUUCAAGAAGAAGUUCCAAUCAUCUUCUUGUUGCUGGGCUUCGACAUUCUGCACUGCAUCUGAUGCUGGCCUUGUACUUCUUCUCUCUAAUGGAAAAAUUGAAAUAAGAUCCUUGCCAGAGUUGUCAUUGAUAAGAGAAUCUUCAAUAAGAGGUUUCACAUAUUCUGCUCCGAAGCUGAACUCUUUCUCUGCCAGUUCGAUAUGCUGUUCACGGGACGGAGAACUUAUUAUGGUGAAUGAUGAUCAGGAAAUGUUUAUUGUGUCUCUGUUGCUUCAAAAGGAAAACUUCAGGCUUGUGGAUUUUUUCAGUCAAGUCUGCAGAAAAGAUCUUAUGUUCUCACAAGAAGGGAUUCCCACUACCUCCGUCAUCCAAAAGGAACAGAAAAAGGGAAUAUUUAGUUCUGUAAUGAAAGGAAGUAAGCCAAAGCAAGUUCUUGAGGUGGAACCUGAGGAUACUAGAGAGAGCAUUGAAGAACUCUUGAUGAUCUUUUCAACUGCCAACUUUGAGUGUAAUGAAGAGAAUAAAGAUAACAUGGCUAUGGAUGACGAUGGGUUUGACUUAGAUAUAGAUGACAUCGACCUAGACGAUCCUGUAGAGAAACCCAAAGAUCAGAACAUGUUGGCAGCUCUUAACAAGAAGAAAUUGGCGAGCAAGUUUCAGGCUUUUACAGCUGCAACAAGUUCAUCAUUCGCAGGUAAAAUAAAGCAGAUGAAUGCUAAGAAUGAGAAAAACAUCAAAGAGGAGGAAAAAGAUGAGAAGACUGGUGCAGUCGAUCAAAUCAAGAAGAAAUAUGGUUUUUCUGUGUCUGGUGAAUCAAGUGCCGCUAAAAUAGCCCAAAGCAAGUUGCAAGAGAAUAUAAGAAAGUUGCAGGGGAUCAAUCUUAGGACUACAGAAAUGCAAGAAACAGCCAAGUCAUUCUCUGCAAUGGCAAAAGAAGUCCUGCGAAUUUCAGAAAAGGAUAAACAAAGCUCAUAA